AUGGCGCACCGCGAAACCGCGCCCUAUCGGGCCCAGGACCCGCACGAGAUCAAGCAACUCGUCCACGCCCUCUCCUACCACACAAAGAAAGGCAAAGGCAAUAGCGGCUUUUCUGUCAAGAAAAGCACCUUCACGCUUCCGACGGGCCGCACCGUAGACUCAUGGAAGAUGCAGGAUUGGGACUACAAGAAGGAGAACCUUCCAACGUACGCUCGCGGCCUCUUCACCUACACAACGCUUGACGGCAAGGACGAGAUCGCUGUGCGGGGAUACGACAAGUUUUUCAAUCACGGCGAAGUGCGGAAGACGGAGUGGCGCAAUGUCGAGAAGAAUACCCGGGGCCCGUACGAGCUGAGUGUCAAAGAGAACGGGUGCAUUAUAUUCAUUGCUGGGCUGGAUGAUGGGACCUUGAUCGUCUGCAGCAAGCACUCGACCGGAGCGCGGAGCGAUGUGGCAGUCAGCCACAGUGUCGCCGGAGAGAGGUGGGUGGAGCGUCAUCUGGCGACGGUAGGGAAGACGAAGCAAGACCUUGCGAAGCAGUUGAGGGCGAUGAACGCGACAGCUGUGGCGGAGCUGUGCGAUGAUGCGUUCGAGGAACACGUACUGGCAUAUGAGCCGGAUGCAGCGGGACUGUACAUGCAUGGUCUCAACCUCAACCAGCCGGAGUUCACAACGUACCCAGGACAUCUGGUGGACAAGUUUGCCGACGAGUGGGGCAUGAAGAAGGUCACGUAUGUCAUGGAAGACGAUAUCACGAAGGUCAAGAAGUUCCUAGAUGAUAUUGCCGAGACGGGAGCUUACGAAGGCCGCGAUACCGAAGGUUUCGUCAUCCGGUGCCAGGCCCGAGAAGGCCAGGACGGUGUCUGGCAAGAUUGGUUCUUCAAGUACAAGUUUGAGGAGCCUUACUUAAUGUAUAGGCAGUGGAGGGAGUGUACCAAGGCGAUCAUCGCUGGAAAGGCGCCGAGGUAUAAGAAACACAAGGCCAUCACGAAGGAAUAUUUGACGUAUGCUCGGCGGCGAUUCGCCCGUGAGCCAGGCCUCUCGAAGGCGUACAAUAUGAACCACGGAAUCAUUGGGCUACGGAAUGACUUUCUGAAAGGCCGAGGCCUGACUGGCGCGGAAAUCAUCCGGAGGGAGGGAGAGAACGGCGAAUUCGAGUCGAAGGAUGUCACUCACAACGUCGUACUCGUACCAGUUGCUACCAUUGGCUGCGGAAAGACAACUGUAGCUCUCGCUUUGGUCAAGCUGUUUGGAUGGGGACAUUUCCAGAACGACAACAUCGAAUCGAAACAGAGACGCCCUCAAAAAUUCGCCGAAGCCAUUGCUGCAUUGAUGACCCCGAAUGCAGUGGUCAUUGCCGACAGGAACAACCAUCAGACGCGCGAACGGGAACAGAUAAUGACCGAUGUCUCCAGAAUUAACCCAGACGCACGCUACGUCGCACUCCAAUACGUGCACGACCGAUAUAACUACGAUAACAUCCGUCAAGCAACCCGCGAACGAGUCUUGACUCGCGGCGAUAACCACCAGACCAUCCAAGCCGGAUCCAAGGGUAAAGACGAGAUAGUUGAGAUUAUGGAAGGCUUUAUGCAUCGCUUCCAGCCCAUCAACACCAGCGAAGCCCCGGACGACGGCUUUGACCUCGUCAUUAACCUUGACCCUGUUGCUUCUUCCCGCGAAAACCUCGAAACAGUCGUGGAGAAACUUCACAACGAAUACCCCAAGCUGUUCCAGGAAAUGCCUAGUGCCGACGACCUCGACGCCGCCAUUGAAUGGGCCAUGAACGAUUACAAGCCGAGCGUAAAAGUGGACCUCAGCAAGGGUGGCAGCAAAGGCAACAAAUGGUCGAAAGGAGAAAUCCCUUCGAACAAGCCCCAAUUCUCUAACUCGCACUCUACACCAUCCGCCUCCUCUUCCGCCAAUCAACCCAAGGCAUCGAAACCCCCGAAACUAGAGUUCUUCGCCGUCCGCCUCCCCUCGGCUCGCAUCAACGCCAUCCUCGACGCCGCAUUCAGGGACGAAGACCCGAACACCGCCCGCUUCUUCCGCCAGCUGCAGCAAACCCGCCGCGUGCAGCCCGAAUUCCACGCCACGCUCAUGCAUCGCACCUCCGCGUCGCAGCAGCCCGAGGCAUGGGAUAAGCUGCUGAAACUGCACAGCACCGCCAGCGCGCUCAGCGAGAACGAGGGCGUCAAGGAGCCUGAGCUGGGCAAGUGCAACGUCCAGCUCGAGCGCGUCGUGUGGGACAACCGCGUGCUGUGCUUUGUAGUACGGUUGGAUGGAUCUGCACCACUGGAGGGUGGGCAGGUCGUGCAGUUCGAGACUACGAAUCCGGUCGCGCAUGUGACGGUUGGCACGGCGUCGAAGGAUAUCAAGCCGGUUGAGAGCAAUGCGCUGCUGCAGCGGUGGUUGAAGGAUGGCACGGGGGAUGAGGUGGAGAUUUGGGAGUUGCCGAUCAAGGGGACGGUGGUGCUGGAGGGGACUGUGAGGGGGGUGUUGUCGAGGUUCUAAGUGGGGAGGGCUUGGGGCUUAUGAUGGUUAUGAAAAGUGAGGGUUUGUGGGAGCAUUGAGUGAGGGCGGUAUGGAUAUACCGCUAAUUUUUACGAGCAUGCAUAUCUAGGCGUUUUAAUGAGGGGCAGAUGGGAAUAUCCUCAGUGGCAUACUGUCGCCUCUGGUAUCUAAAAGCGAGGUAUCGGUAUGAUGAAUAGAGAUAUUUGCCCAAUCAACGAGUGCCAUCUUCACUUUUGGUGUCUCAUAGGUAUCUGCUCUUAUGGUUUCAUCCCGCAAUUUCCAUGCUUCGUUGCG